CUGAUCCAUAAAAACAUUAGCAUGGCGUUCCAAUUGGAUCCACAACGGAGAACGAUGAGAUCAUAUAUAUAGUCUCAUUAUUUUUUUAUUUGUACUAAUCUUAUAAAACCAUUGGAUAGAUGAAUCUAGAGUAGGUACUCAAAGAAUAAGAAAAUAUAAGCCAGAGAUUUGGACGAUCAUGAUGAAUCACUUCAUAUAAAAAGUUACAUCAUACGUUACUGCUUCUAAAUUGUCUGAUCUUGGGAGAACUUAAUACUUCAACUUUGUGUACAUAAUGAAAACGUUCUAAGCUUCUUUGUUUUGGUAAGGAAAUACGGUUUAAGAAUUAAAAAAAAGAGGCUCAAGGGUAGAAACUAGAAGUAAAAGAAGAUGGUGCAAAGGCAUGCACUCUAGAUGAAAAUACGAUAUAUAUAAAAUCAUAAAAGACCUCACGCAGUGAAUGUAAAUGUAAAUGUAUCCAACUUCACAAACGUGACGUAUCUUCGCGUAUGCAUACCUUUCUCUACUUUGUACUUAUACAUAUUGAUUGUAAUAACAAAGAGAGAGGAAGUUAGUAAGAGACAAAAGAAUGUCACGAGACAGUGACAUAGUGCAUUUAUGAACCCUGGAAAAGAAACUCUUAACCCUAACUCUCUCUCCUUGUUGCGGCUGUAUAAAUACCACAUUGUUAUGAAGCAUGUGUCAGCAAACGUGGAAAGCGAUCGUCUUCUUCUUUAUAGAUAAGAACCGUAGAACAUAUAAUUGAAUAUUAAUCAAAGAUCAUGUCUCACAUCGCUGUUGAGAGGAAUCGAAGAAGGCAAAUGAAUGAGCAUCUUAAAUCCCUUCGUUCUUUGACACCUUGUUUCUACAUCAAAAGGGGAGAUCAAGCUUCAAUAAUCGGAGGAGUUAUCGAGUUCAUCAAAGAGAUGCAGCAAUUAGUGCAAGUUCUCGAGUCCAAGAAACGUCGCAAGACACUAAACCGGCCUUCUUCUCCUUAUGAUCACCAAACAGUCGAGCCAUCCAUCUUAGCUGCCACCCCUAACGCAACCACCAGAAUGCCGUUUAGUCAAAUCGAGAAUGUAAUGACAACAAGCACUUUCAAGGAAGUUGGAGCAUGUUCCAACUCCCAUCAUGCAAACGUUGAAGCCAAGAUCUCAGGCUCUAACGUUGUAUUGAGAGUUGUCUCUUGGAGAAAUGAGGGCCAGCUGGUGAAGAUCAUAUCCGUCUUGGAGAAACUCUCUUUUCAGGUUCUUCACCUCAACAUUAGCUGCAUGGAGGAGUCUGUCUUGUACUUCUUCGUUGUCAAGAUAGGACUGGAGUGUCACUUAAGCUUGGAGGAGCUAACCCUUGAAGUUCAGAAAAGCUUUGUGCCUGAAGCCAUCGUCUAAAUCUAGCAACUAAAACCAAUAUACUAAUGUGCUUCGUUUACAUGAGCAUACUUAAUACUUUGCUAGAAAUAAGCUCCUAUACCCUUAUCACACUUAUAUGUUUUUGUUGUGUCCCAACUUAAUCGAAGUUUUAAUUUCCAUAAAUAAAUCAUCACAAAUUAUGCUCUAACCAGUUUUAUGCUUCCACAUCAUGUAACGGAGUCUAAUCGUUAAAUUGAAAAAUGAUUUUUUAUUAAAGUAUUUUUAAUUUCUUGUUUUUUUUAAACGAUAUACGCUAAUAUAGAAGUAACUCUGAACUUAUACAUUAUGGUGUUUAAAUUUUUUUUACUAGUACGCCGAAUCUUAUAUAUGUUUCUAAUUUUGUCGGGUAAACAAAAAGAUAACAAACUUACGCAAAUUAUGAAUCGUAUGGACUUAAAAAAACAAACAAACAGAAUGUGUGAAGAAUUAUCUGUAAUUCAACAGGAUAUCUUCUGCAUAUGGCUGAGCUUGUGCUAUGCACGCAUCCUUAUUGCAAGCCUCGUCGAUAAUUUUCCAGCUGAACUCCAUGUCUUCUUGGAUUCUCGUAGUCAGGCUACUAGUUUUGGAUUAAUUCUACGACAUUCCCCGAGAUUGUCAAACUUUUUCUUGCUAAGAGGGAUUGUCAAAACUUUGCCUUGAUCUCUUUUUAAUUCCAUUCAUCGUUUAGCCAACUCUUUGGAAGGUGAACUUCUUAUGCCUCUUCCUUACUCUGUUCCUCGUAUACUUGAGAUACAAUAUGAAUUCCAUGACACAAAAAAAAAGGAAUCGUGGGUAAGAAGAAAAACAUUCACAAUAGCAUGAUAACAUGUUAAAUAUUAGUAGAAACUAAAUAUAGGGAUCUCUUUCUUUCGUGUACAUGCACGUGAACCCCUUUAAUAUCUAAAUAAAUUCGGAGCAAACAAACGAUGUUAAAAUUUCCUUGUCUUAAUAUUCUAAAUAGAUUAGUACUGUAGUUGAUCUAUGGAAAAAUAUUGUAUAUGAUGGUUAUCUCUUUCUCAUUCAACACAAUUCGAUUUGUAUCCAAAUUAGACAUCCUUAUCUAGGAUUUUGCUUUUUAAGAUGACUAGAGAGUAUUUGUAAAAAUAAGAUCAGUGACGAAAUAAUAGUUCUUAAAUUAUAAAACAAUAAGGAAAAAGCAAAUGAGAGGGCAUAAUUAAGUUAUUUUAUAUAUAAAGGGAUUUUACUUAGCUAGGAGCUAGGCAUUACUAAUAUAAUACAUAGUAUUAGAUCUUGACCCGUGCCUCCGCACUGUUUUUAAUUUUUAUAAAUAUUUAAAAAUUAAAUACAUAUAUUAUUGUACUAAUUAAAUUAUAAGAUGAUAAUUAGUUAAAUAUAACUGAGUUAGUUUUAUUAUUCUGAAAAUUUUAAAUGAUUUUGAUUAGUUUAAUUUUUAAUAAACCAAUAAAUUAAUCUUAUCAUUUAAUCUAUUUUAUAGUUUUUUAUGGAUUGUAAAAUUGAUUUUUUGAUUUUGAUUUUUUAAAUAAAUGAAUGAUUGGAUAUCUUCUAAAUUUAUUAGAUAGUUAAAUAUUAGACAAUUUCAUAAUAAUUUUUAUAGAAAUUGCUAUUUAUAAAGUCAGUGGUAUUGAAUGGUAAUUAUUGAGAAAAAUUUAGGGUUAAAAUUUAUUUGUACUUCAGUUUUAACAGUUUAGAGGUAAUAAUUGACGCCUAAACAUAGUAGAUAUACAUUAGUGGACGCAUUACUGAGUCAAUCAUACACAUUACAAAGUCUUUUGGAUCAUAUAAUAAUACGUUUAAUACAAUAGUAAGAUACAUAAUAAUUGACGCAUGAACAUAUAAUGUAUUAUAAUAAUUGUACACGAUCAUUAUCCCAAAAUGUGCCACGGUUUGAGUUGCUAAACAUAUACUACUAUUAUUUAUAUGCUUUACAUCAAUCAAUAUUGACCCAACAAAAAAAUCUCACUUCCUCUCAUUAUUAAACUCAUGUUCUUUCUAAAUCCUUCUUUUAUAUAUGUUUUACUUGUGCCGGUGACCGCAUUCGUGUCCUUCUGUUCAUUCUCGCUCAAAUUUCGUUAUAAUAUUGAGUCUAAGCUUUAGUGGAUAUAUACAAACGAAAAAUGAUAUUAGCACCCACACCCUUAACUUUCCGGCCGUUACGAAUUAGCUUGUAUAUUGAAUUUCUUUGUGUCAACAUAGAAAAACGUGUACGAGCUUUUUAUAUGCGUAGAUUCUUGAAUACACCCACAUUCUUCUUGGAUUUUAGUGUCGGUGUUCAUUUGCAAUUUGCAUAAUCAAGUGAACAGCAAACCCAUAACAAGGUAUUUUAAGUUUAGGCAGUAAAGCCUUUAAUAAAUGAAUAUUGUUGAAUUUCCUAGUACUUCGUUUAUUAGGAUUAGUUAAUUACGUAGAGGAGAUUAGUUUAGUUAACAUGCAUGUGAGAAAGCGUGUGGCUCAAUUAUUGAUUUGUCAUCAAGGUUAAGUUUAGGCAGUAAAGCCUUAAAGUGGUCUUUGCUUGCUUCUGAUGCCACCUUGACAUGAGAAAUUCAAUCUUAUUUUUCAUCAACAUUGAUGUUAAUCAAGUUCAUGAAACUAAGGAUAUAUACAUAUAUUAGCUUGGGUAUGAAUUGAGGAAUAUGGACAAACACAGUGAAUGUCAAGCAAAAGAAGGCAAGAGGAGAGAGAUAGUAAGAUUUUCAAAUUUGGACCAGUAACUUACUUUUGUAAAGCAUCUUUCUAUACAACUUUUUAUAUUCCUUAAAUAGUGAUUGAUAUUCAAAACGCAUCUUUUUAAAAACUUUGUCAACGUGAUGAAUUUACGAUUUAUCAACAAAAUGGAAUUUGUAUAUGACGCUGUGUAAUGAUUGAAGAUGGUGAAAAAUGGAUAAAUCAGGUGCUCAUGUGUAGACUCUAGUUGAGCCUGGUUCUAAUAAUUGUUUAGUUUUGAAACUUAGUGCUAAUCGAACGGCUGAGAUUCAGAGUUUAGAUGCUUAAACAUGCGGAUGAUUAACAAGUCACUCACAAUGCUGAGUUGACAACACAUUAAUGAUAUUAUCGGCUAAAUAAUUUCAGUGAGAUGUCGAUAACAAAAGGAGGAUGGCCUAGCGAUCUCUUUCAGAAAAGUAAAAUAAUUAAAAGGUGUAAUUGCAAACUAUUGGUCCCAAAAGAGGAAAAGGAGAAAAUGAUGGGUUGUUUUGUCAAAUACCUGUACAAGGUUAUGAUUAAGAAACAAGAGUAACCGCGUCUGGAGGAUAGAAUUAGAGCUGAAACCAAACAACGGAUGAACAAAUGUCGAAUCUCGAGCUGCUCGCACACUUUGUCGCUCACUUUUAUUACUUGUCUUCACUUUUCAACUCUAAAAGCUCAAUGGCUUCGAAUGGGUGACGCAGAUCAAAAAAUACAGAUCAAACAAAAAUGCAGAUCAAGCAGAACAAAUGCAGAUCAUGCAGAACAAAUGCAGAUUAAACCGAACAACAAGAUAAUUUAAUAAUUAUUAUAAUUUAAUACAUGUUGAUUUUUAAUGAAAAUUAAAUAUCCAAAUUAAAUAUAACUAUUAUAAAUAAGUAAUAAAUAUAAUGUUAAAAAUAACAAUAACUAUAGUAAAAUUGUCCAUUAUAUGAAAAUUCAUCACAAUUACAAAAAUUAUAGUGAGUAUUCUUAUUUUAUUUUUAUUUUUUGUAUCUUUACUCGAUUUUCGGUUAUUUUUUACCUUUUGAACCAUAGAAUUAAUUAGGCAUGAGCAUAAAAACCAAGAACCGAAAACCAAACCGGAACGAAACAAAAAAAACGAACCCGAAACCAAAG